UAAUUUGGUGCAACAGAAAGGGCAAUCCAAGUAAUUAUCCAGACCUCUUAUACUUUCUUCAUCGUCUAUCUAACCCUAGAAAUAUCUGAAUAUCCCCUUUCUCACAGAAAAAAAAAAACAUUGUUCUGCCAUUAAUCACUUGUCCUCCAAAUUAUGCGUUCGCUGUUUUCUCUUCGCCGAUCGAUCUUCGCAGAGACUUUUGAUUAAUACGAAGAGUAAAAGGGGUCAAAAUUGCAGUUGUUUUCGAUGGCUGCAAAGGCAUCAGGAAAUGCGGCCAGUGCGUACACAAUCAAUCUUGAAAACUUCAGCAAACGUUUACAAGCACUUUACUCGCACUGGAGCAAGUACAAGGAUGAUCUAUGGGGUGGUUCUAAUGUUCUUGCAGUGGCAACUCCUCCACCUUCAGAGGAUCUUCGAUACUUGAAAUCCUCAGCCUUGAAUAUAUGGUUAAUCGGUUAUGAAUUUCCGGACACAGUCAUGGUGUUCACGAAGAAAGAAAUUCACUUCCUAUGCAGCCAAAAAAAGGUGUCGUUACUCGAUGUUGUCAAAAAAACUGCCAAAGAUGCCGUGAAAGUGCAAGUCGUAAUGCACGUGAAGGGUAAAAAUAACGACGGGGCAUCACUAAUUGAAGAGAUAUUCAGAGCUGUUCGUUCAGAGUAUGAUACCCCUGUUAUUGGGCACAUUGCUAAAGAAGCCCCCGAAGGGAAUUUUCUUGAAAUGUGGGACGAGAAAUUGAAGAGCGCAAAUUUUCAGCUCGCUGAUGUCACUAACGGUUUCUCCGAUCUUUUCGCCGUGAAAGACACUGCUGAAGUUACAAAUAUCAAGAAAGCCGCUUACUUGACUUCUUCAGUGAUGAAGCAUUUCGUGGUUCCGAAAUUGGAGAAGACAAUCGACGAGGAGAAAAAGGUCACCCACUUUUCGUUAAUGGACGAAACUGAAAAGGUGAUACUCGAACCUGCAAAGAUAAAGGUGAAGCUGAAAGCAGAUAACGUCGAUAUUUGUUACCCGCCGAUUUUUCAGAGUGGAGGAGUAUUUGAUCUGAAACCGAGUGCUUCGAGCAAUGACGACAGUUUGUUCUACGAUUCGAUGAGUGUGAUCAUAUGUGCAAUAGGGUCUCGUUACAAUAGCUACUGUUCGAAUGUAGCCAGGACUUUUCUGAUCGAUGCAAACUCGGUGCAAAGCAAGGCUUAUGAAGUUCUCCUAAAGGCCCACGAAGCAGCGAUUGGUGCUUUGAAGCCAGGGAAUAAGGCUAGUGACGCUUAUCUGGCAGCCAUGUCUGUAGUCGAAAGUGAGGCACCUGAAUUUGCUCCGAAUUUGACGAGAUCUGCAGGAACUGGAAUAGGCCUCGAAUUUCGCGAGUCGAGCCUUGUUUUAAAUGGCAAAAACGAGAGGAUACUGAAAACUGGGAUGGUCUUCAAUGUGUCACUUGGGCUUCAGAAUGUGCAAACAGAGAUGAAAGAUCCCAAGACAGAAAAGUUCUCUGUGUUGCUAGCGGACACAGUUAUCGUUGGCGAAACUUCCCCAGAAGUGGUGACUUCCACUAGUUCGAAGGCUGUCAAGGACGUGGCUUAUUCGUUCAACGAGGGAGAAGAAGAAGAAGAAGUAGAAGAGCUGUCGAAGGUGAAUGCCGCGCUGCCCAACGCCGCCAAGGCAACGCUGAGAUCGGUCAACCACGAGGUGUCAAAGGAAGAGUUGAGAAGGCAGCACCAGGCGGCACUCGCGCGCCAGAAGAACGAAGAAACCGCCAGGAGACUCGCUGGACGUGGCGCCGAAGGGUCGAACAAUGGCCUAUCAAGACCCUCCGGCGACCUCGUCGCGUACAAAAACGUCAACGAUUUGCCUCAGCCAAGAGACUUGAUGAUCCAGGUUGACCAGAAACACGAGGCCGUACUUUUGCCUGUGUACGGAAAGAUGGUACCUUUCCACAUUGCUACUGUGAAGAGUGUGACAAGUCAGCAAGACACUAACCGUACGUGCUAUAUUAGGAUAAUCUUUAGUGUACCCGGUGCUCCCUUUUCACAGCACGAUCAGAACUUGCAGAAGUUUCAUGAUUCUAUAUAUGUUAAAGAAGUCUCAUUUCGAUCUAAGGACCCGAGACAUAUCAGUGAAAUUGUUCAGGCGAUCAAGACCCUUCGUAGGCAAGUUGCUUCGCGUGAAUCGGAAAAAGCAGAAAGAGCUACUUUAGUCACGCAAGAAAAGCUCCAACUUUCCGGUGCGAAAUUCAAGCCGAUUAGACUAUCCGACUUGUGGAUCCGACCUGUUUUCGGUGGUCGUGGGAGAAAGCUUAGUGGCACAUUAGAAGCCCAUUCGAACGGGUUUCGUUACUCAACCUCGAGAUCGGACGAACGUGUGGAUAUCAUGUUUGCAAACGUAAAACACGCAUUUUUCCAACCCGCUGAGAAGGAAAUGAUAACUCUUGUCCAUUUUCAUCUGCAUAAUCACAUAAUGGUCGGAAACAAGAAAACAAAAGACGUACAGUUUUACGUUGAAGUCAUGGAUGUAGUGCAGACAAUCGGAGGUGGAAAAAGAUCGGCUUACGACCCAGAUGAAAUCGAGGAGGAGCAGCGAGAGAGGGAUCGAAAGAAUAAAAUCAGCAUGGACUUCCAAAACUUUGUCAACAGAGUCAACGAUCUUUGGGGUCAACCGCAGUUCAAGUCGUUCGAUUUGGAGUUCGAUCAGCCAUUGAGAGAGCUCGGUUUCCAUGGGGUUCCACACAAAUCUUCGGCUUUCAUAGUCCCAACUUCCAGCUGCCUUGUCGAAUUAAUCGAGACCCCUUUUGUGGUAAUCACACUCGCCGAGAUUGAAAUAGUCAAUCUGGAGAGAGUUGGUCUUGGCCAGAAGAAUUUCGACAUGACUAUUGUGUUCAAGGACUUCAAACGUGACGUAAUGCGUAUAGAUUCAAUCCCACAAUCUUCUCUAGACGGGAUUAAGGAGUGGCUCGAUACGACGGAUCUCAAAUACUAUGAGAGUCGUUUGAAUCUCAAUUGGAGGCAGAUAUUGAAAACAAUUACCGAUGAUCCGAAGCAGUUUAUAGAUGAUGGCGGAUGGGAAUUCUUGAAUUUGGAGGCCAGUGAUUCCGAUUCCGACCACUCGCAGGAAUCCGACCAAGGGUAUGAACCGUCGGAUGCGCAAUCGGAAUCUGUAUCGGAGGAUGACGAUGAAGAUAGCGAGUCGCUAGUUGAAUCAGAGGAUGACGAAGAAGACGAGUCUGUGGAUGGUUCAGAGGAAGAUGAAGGAAAAACGUGGGAGGAACUGGAGAGGGAAGCUAGUAACGCGGAUAAAGAAAAGGGCAACGAAUCGGAUAGUGAAGAGGAGAGGAAAAGAAGGAAGAUGAAGACGUUUGGGAAAUCUCGACCGCCGGAGAGAAGACCUGGUGGUGGUGGUAGCCUUGCUAAGAAGGCCAGGUUUAGGUGAAACGGGGCGGCAAGUAGGAGGUUUUAAAUAUCGUUUGCUUUUUUAUAUAAUCACUAUGAAUUAGGACAUGUGCAUUUCUUUCCGUGUUAGCGAGUUUUAUGGGAAGAACUUAUUGAUAUUACGAUCCGUGUUGCUGCUUUGGAUAUUAUUAACUUUGUUCUUAGCUCUGUUAAUCUGGUGAAGUAGAAGAAAGAGACCUACAUGUAUUUGUGUUCUGGUAUUUCUUUAUUUAUGCCUCUAGGCCAUAAUAUGGUGUCUUCGAACAAUUUCUCUAAUGCUCAACUUUUUUUCUUU